ACAAGAGCUCCAUCUGUUGGAGCUAAAAGGAACUGAAACCAUUGAGUACUGUAUUGCUAGAUAGGAUGGGAGGAGAGGAGAAGCGCAGAUGAACUUCCUCUUCCGGAUCACUCAUGGGAGGAAGGUGGUGUGCAGAGUGUUAUUUGUGCUCUUCCAAGGAUCAAAGCAUCAGAUGGAAGGGCUGAGAAUUUGUGACUGACCUAAGUCAACAAGUGAAUUUCAUGAAUGAAUGGAUAUUUGAACUUGGAUCUCGGUAGUCAAAUGUCACAAUUAAUACAAAGAUGAUGCUGAUAAGAUCACAGUGGACAACUGAGAAUAACAAGCAACAUUGAAAAGCAAAGCAAAAAUAAAAAUAUUCUCCAUUUUCUUCAGGAAAAACCACACAAUUCACCUAGCAGGUGAAAGAUAAAGGAAAGAAAAUCAAGAACAGAUUUCUAGCUGGAAAAUGUAGAGUAUGUGGAACUCAGUGAUAGGUUAUACAAAACGGUCAGGGGAGAUUAUUUUUCCAUUUCAGAAAAAGAGGGAAAUAUCUGGAAGUCAGUGUGGAGGAAAAGCUGAAUUGGAUAGUUACAUAGGGCAGAUAGUAAUGCAGGUCUUGCCCUGGAAGAAAGAAAAGGGCUUAAAUUAAAGCACCCCUAAACAAGGGAUCACACAUAUUUUUGACCUUCUCAAGAAUAUCAAUGGUGAAAAAGCUGCAUAGAUGUGCCUAUUGUGAGAAAAGCAAACUUCUAAUCACAAGAGAUUAUGCAGGGGAGAAUCCACUCUGGAGAAAAGCAAAUACAAAUUAUCUGAAUGUGAUAAAACAGCUCCUUUUUCGUUAAUGGAAAGACCCACAAAGGAGAGAUGCCCUACAAGUGCUCCCAAUGUGGUAAAUCCUUUAGUGAAAAUGGCAACUUGCUGAUACACCAGAGGACCCACAUGGGAGAGAAGCCGUAUGAUUGUCCUGACUGUGGGAAACAUUUCAUUGGAAAUUCCCACCUUGUGAGACACCUGAGGACUCACACAGGAGAGAAACCCUUUGAAUGUCCUGAUUGCGGGAAAAGUUUCAGUCACAAUUCCAAUCUGAUAAGACACCAGAGAACACACACAGGAGAGAAACCCUUUGAAUGUCCUGACUGUGGGAAAAGAUUCAGUCAGAAUUCCUGCCUGGUGAAUCAUCAGAGGACUCACACAGGAGAGAAACCCUUUGAAUGUCCUCUUUGUGGGAAAAGUUUCAGUCGGAAUUCCCACCUGGUGAAUCAUCAGAGGACUCACACAGGAGAGAAACCCUUUGAAUGUCCUCUUUGUGGGAAAAGUUUCAGUCAGAAUUACAAGCUAAUGAAACACCAGAGGAUUCACACAGGAGAGAAACCCUUUGAAUGUCCUGAUUGCGGGAAAAGUUUCAGUCAGAAUUCCUAUCUGAUAAGACACCAGAGAACUCACACAGGAGAGAAACCCUUUGAAUGUCCUGACUGUGGGAAAAGUUUGAAUCAGCCUGUUUCAGUACAGUCUGAACACCAGAGGACUCACACAGAAGAGAAACCUUUUGAAUGUCCUAUUUGUGGUAAAAGUUUCAGUCAGAAUUCCAAUCUGGUGAAACACCAGAGAACUCACACAGGAGAGAAACCCUUUGAAUGUUCUGAUUGUGGGAAAAGUUUCAUUCAGAAUUGUAGCCUGGUGGAACAUCAGAGAACUCACACAGGGGAGAAACCCUUUGCAUGUGUUGAGUGUGGAAAAAGUUUCAGUCACAAUUUCAACCUGGUAAGACAUCAGAGAACUCACACAGGAUAGAAACCCUUGGAACAUCCUAAUUGUGGGAAUAUUUUAGCCAGAAUUCCCACCUGGUGAGACACCAGAGGACUCAGAUAGGAGAGAAACCAUAUGUGUGCCCAGAGUGUAGGAAAAGUUUCAUUAAAAAUUUCCACCUCAUGAGACACUGGAUGCCUCACACAGGAGAGAAAUCCUUCAAAUAUCCUGUCUAUGGACGAUCUUCAAGUAUAAAUCUUCUCUUAUUUCCUACAAGAAAAUCCACAUGAAGGAAACAUUGAUGAGUUUAGAGAAGGGUUGAAUUUCAUUUCUAA